UGUGUUGCUGGGCUUAUUCUUCACUUUGCCAUCAGACUCUAGACGUCGUGUUGGAUCCGUUCCUCUGCGUCUCAUGAUCUAAUCCCUCACUUCUUCUCCGUUGAGGACCAGUCUCACGGUGCUGAGCUCCAAUGCUCUCGCUGUGACCCUACAGCUGCUCAGUCUCGUCUUGUUCUCACUCCGAAAGUCCCAGUUCAGUUCCCUCGCCUCACCAUGGACAUCGGCGGCCUGACGACGGUGGUGGCCAACUCGGCGUACAUCUCGGCCCGAGGCAGUUUCGACGGCACGGCUAACCCGGCGGCCAACCGAGACAAGAAGUACCAUGCCAAACUCAAGCUGCCCCACAUCACGGUGUGCGAAGGUCUGAGAGAAACUCUGGAUCUGCAGUUUAAGAGCAUCUGCGUGGAGCAACCCAUUGGUAAGCGACUGUUUCAAGAGUUUCUGGAAACCACCAACGAGUAUAAAGGCCCUUGUCGCCUCUGGAAGGACAUCGAGACGUAUGACACCGCUGAGGAUAAAGACAGGGUUCAGAAAGCUGCCAAAAUCCUCCAGCGGUACAUGGAGCCUUCGGCCAAGCACUUCUGCCCAUUUUUACCCGAGAACGACAUCACCAAGGUGAAGGAGCGGCACGAGGAGGCGGCGGAUGACCUGUUUGUGCAGAUCCUGGCCAGCGUUUUCGACUUCCUCAAAGAGGUCCCCUUCACUUUCUAUCUAGAGACCAUGUACUUUAAGCGGUUCCUCCAGUGGAAGUGGCUGGAGAUGCAGCCGGUGGCCGAGGACUGGUUCCUGGACUUCCGUGUUCUGGGUAAGGGUGGAUUCGGAGAGGUGUCCGCCUGUCAGAUGAGGGCCACAGGGAAGCUGUACGCCUGCAAGAAGCUCAACAAGAAGAGGCUGAAGAAGAGGAAAGGCUAUGAGGGCGCUAUGGUAGAGAAACGGAUCCUGGCUCGAGUUCACAGUAGAUUCAUCGUGUCGCUGGCUUACGCCUUCCAGACCAAGACAGAGCUGUGUCUGGUGAUGACCAUCAUGAACGGAGGAGACCUGAGGUACCACAUCUAUAAUGUGGAUGAGAAUAACCCAGGGUUUUCUGAAGCCAGAGCGUGUUAUUAUGCUGCUCAGAUCAUUCAAGGACUGGAGCAUCUUCACCAGAAGAGAAUCAUCUACAGAGACCUGAAGCCAGAAAACGUUCUGCUAGAUAAUGAAGGUCACGUCCGUAUCUCUGACCUCGGCUUGGCUGUGGAGCUCGCAGAUGACCAGCUCAAAACCAAAGGCUACGCUGGAACUCCAGGGUUCAUGGCCCCGGAGCUGCUCAAGGGAGAAGAAUAUGAUUACUCAGUAGAUUACUUCACUCUCGGGGUCACGCUGUACGAGUUCAUCGCUGCCAAAGGACCCUUCAGGACUCGAGGAGAGAAGGUGGAGAAUAAAGAGGUGAAGAAGAGGAUCCUGAACGACCCGGUGACCUACCCAGAAACCUUCAGUGAGAAAGCCAAGUCCGUCUGCGAGGGUCUGCUGGCCAAAGAGGUGGACAAGAGACUGGGCUUCAAGAACGGCUCGUGUGAUGAGCUGCGCGCACAUCCCUUCUUCAGUGAAAUCAACUGGAGGAAACUCGACGCAGGGAUCCUGCCGCCUCCUUUCGUCCCGGACUCCAAGACGGUCUACGCCAAGAACCUGGACGAUGUGGGCGCGUUCUCCACGGUGAAGGGGGUCUGUCUGGAGGACGAUGACAAGACGUUCUUCGAUGAGUUUGCGUCGGGAAACAUCGCCAUCCCCUGGCAGGAGGAGAUGAUCGAGACGGGCAUCUACGGAGAGCUGAACGUGUGGGGUCCGAACGGCACGGUGCCCAACGACCUGCGCCGAGAGUCCAUCCUGGAGCAGCCGCCCAAAUCCUCCACCUGCAGCAUCUCAUAACCACAGCAGACCACAACACACACACACACUCCAGCUCCAGAUGCUUUCAGCAGCUUGACACUCGGGACCCUGCAGCACAAAACCUUAAAGUGAGAUCUAUACAUCAUCUGAACGCUGAAUAAAUCAUCUCUCCAGUGAUGUCUGGUUUGUUCGGAGGACAAUAUUUGAGAAUCUGGAAUCUGAGGGAGCAAACAAAUCUAAAUAUUGAGAAAAUCAUCUUUAAAGUUGUUCAGAUGAAGUUCUUAGCAAUGCAUAUUACUAAUCAAACAUUAAGUUUUGAUAUAUUUACUGAAGGAGAUUUACAAAAUAUCUUCAUGGUACAUGAUCGUUACUGAAUAUCCUAAUGAUUUUUGGCAUAAAAGAGAAAUGUAUAAUUGUGACUCAUACAGUGUAUUGUUGUGUAUUUCUACAGAUAUACGUCUGUGACACUGAUGACUCUUCUGUGCUGCAGGGACACAUUUAUUCUGAAGGGUGCACUGCUCUGAGUAUUAAUAUUAGUGAUUAUUGAUCUUAUUAAUAUUGAGUUUAUUGAGCAGUGAACUGAGUUCAGCACCAUUCAGUUCAAGCACGUUUAGUAUUUAGGCUUUUAAACAGAACCGAAUGAGAGAAUUUCUAAGUAUAAGGAAAGAAUAAAGAGCGAAAUGCUUGGCAGUCUUUCUUUUGACAUCCAUAAAGCUCAGUCAGUAAUAACUGUAAGAAAACUGCAAAAAAAGGCUUAUCUGUUUCUAGUAUUUUUAGUAUUUGUCUCUUGUUUCGAAUAAAAAUAUCUAUAAAUUCUUAAAUUAAGAUGUAAUUAGUAAAUAAGCAAAAUGACGUAAGAUAGUUAGUCUUGUUUGUAUGUAAUUAUCUGCCAGAUGGGUAAGUCAAAUAAUUUAAAAACAAGAGUAUUUUACUUUCUUCCACUUGCAGAUCAUUUUACAUGUUUUAAGCAAAAUGCAAUUCAUUUAGUGUGUUUUUUUCUUUCUUUCUGGAAACAUGACUAAAUAUCUUACGUCUUUUUCCUUAUUUACUAAAUGCAUCUUAAUGUAAGAAUUUAUAGAUAUUUUGACUAGAAAAAAUAACAAGUAAGCUAAGGCUUUUUUUUUUUCUUUCUUUUUUUCUCAGUGUUCUCAUGUUGUGUUUGGGUUUCGUGUUCUGAUUAUUUUCCCCCCAAAUUUUCUUUUUCUUUUUUAUACACUUGUGUUGUUUCGGGUCGAAAAUGACCAGCCUACAUAAAACUGCUUAUAAAUCAUGGGUUAUGCUAUAUUAUUAGAGCUUAUGAACAUCAGUUUUGGAGUAUAUUUUGACAAAAUUAUUUUUUGCAUAAUGUUCAGAUCAAUCAGCUCCAAAAGCAAAUAUUGCCUUUUAUGCUAACUGACAGAAAACAAGUUUGCAAAAAGAUUGAAUCCAGGAUGUGGUGAUAAUAUAGCACAACCAGAGAUUUACAAGAAUAAUAAUAAUAAUAAUAAUAAAAUGCUUCUAGUUUCUUAAAGGAACACUGCUGUGAAUCAGGUGCAGGAUUGUCAGCAGCACAAGGGUUAAAUAAAUGAGCUUCUAUUAUCUGUGAGUAAUAAAGACAUGGUUCUCUGAUCUGACAGAUGUCUUUGUAUAUUUGUGUUUGUAACUCAAGUUCAUUGAUUUCUACAGCACGUCAAACACAGAAUAAUUGGUUUUUAUUGAAGUUCUGUGAAUGAAUUGCUUUCUAAGUGCCCUAGCCGAGACACAUAGCUCUACUUUUUGAAAUCCCAAUUUUUAUUCAUGUAUAAAGCUGUAAAUGUCUUUAGGUUGCAUUGGUUAUUAUGGUACAAAUCAUCCUUUUGAAUAAUGUGAUAGCUGUCAUAAUUAUGAUUUCAAAUAAACGUUUUGCCAUAAAUACA